AUGGCGCCGAAGCUGAACGUGCAGGACCCUGAGAUCGCACGGCUUUUGGAGCUGUUUGCGACGAUCUCUCUUACGGGCCAGCGUGCUCAGGAUACAGUCAAGAAUGAAAAGUAUGCGCGUGCACUCGAGCAGACUAUCACAUCGCUCCAUCUCGACCAGGCGAACCUCGAUCCAAAGCACAGCUCGUUUGUCGUCGUAGCGGCGUCGAGCGGUGCGGAUCUGCCAGGAGAGAAACGCGAUUAUAUUGUGCGGCGGAUCCUGAGCAAUGACCUAAAGAGCACGGAUCAAAUCAACACCGCGUGUAAGUACAUCGCCUCGGAAGACAUGCCGCUCGAUGCACACGCAUUUGACGCUGCGUGUGGUGUAGGCGUGGACGUGUCACCCGAACAGUGCCGCGCUGCAGUGAUAAUGUACAUGGAUGAGCAUGCCACUGAGCUCGAGGAGGUAUGUGGCUGGCCAAAAAUGUCGGCCAUCAUGGGCGCCGUGCGCGGCGAUCCGUCGAUGCGGUGGGCCAAUGCAGUGGAUAUCAAGACUGCUGUCGAACAAGAGCUGACCAAGCGCUUUGGUCCGCGCGCCGCUGCACAAAAAAAAAAGGCAGCUACUACGAAUGCGCCGGCCAAGAAGCCAAAGCAGGAGGAGCCGGGCACCGCACGCCCCGACGCCAUGUUCAAGGAAGGUUUCCUUGCCAACCUGCACCCCGUCGGCGGAAAUCCGCAGCGCAUUCCUGCACUGCGCGAGCAGCAUAUAAAAGCAACCAACGGUUCGGUCAUGACGCGCUUCCCCCCCGAGCCCAACGGUUUCCUGCACAUUGGCCAUUCCAAGGCGAUUGCCGUUAAUUUUGGAUUUGCGCGCUUCCACGGCGGUCUUUGCUAUCUGCGCUUUGACGACACGAAUCCCGAAGCAGAAGAAGAAAAGUAUUUCACCAGCAUCAUUGAUACUGUUCGCUGGCUUGGGUUUGAACCGUACAAGGUGACCUACUCGUCGGACUACUUUCAGCGCCUUUACACGCUUGCCAUUGACCUGAUCAAGCGUGGCCUCGCUUUUGUCGACCACUCCACUCCUGAGGAGAUCCGCCAAGGCCGUGGUGGUCCCGAGAAAGGCGCGCGCCAAGAAAGCAAAUGGCGCAACCGCCCCGCGGAAGAGAAUUUGGCCGCGUUUGAGGCCAUGCGUACCGGCAAGUACAAGCCCGGCGAGGCGGUCCUGCGUAUGAAGCAGGACAUUUUGGGCAGCGGCAAUCCCCAGAUGUGGGACCUGAUUGCCUACCGUGUGCUCGAAGCGCCGCACCACCGCACUGGCAAGACGUGGUGUAUCUACCCCACCUACGACUUUACCCACUGCCUGGUGGAUAGCUUUGAAAACAUCUCCCACUCGCUGUGCACCACCGAGUUCAUUCUUGCACGCGAAUCGUACGAGUGGCUGUGCGAUGCACUGGAAGUAUACAAGCCGCGCCAGUACGAGUACGGGCGCUUGUCGAUCGAAGGCACGGUGAUGUCGAAGCGCAAGAUGCUGAAACUUGUCAAUGGCGGCUACGUCGACGGCUGGGACGAUCCACGCAUGUAUACCUUGAUUGGCUUGCGCCGUCGCGGUGUGCCGCCAGGCGCCAUCUUGUCGUUUGUCAAUUCGUUGGGCGUCACAACCAACAACUCGGUCAUUCAGACCAACCGAUUUGACCAGAGUGUGCGUCAGUUCCUCGAGCUCGACACGCCGCGACUGAUGAUGGUGCUCAAGCCCCUCAAGAUCACGAUCGAAAAUUUGCCCGACGACUUUUUGCUCGAGAUUACAAAGCCACUGCACCCCAAGGUGCCGACCAUGGGCAGCGCCAAGGUGCCGUUCACCAACACUGUGUACAUUGACGCCUCCGACUUCCGUACUGAAGACGCCAAAGACUACUUCCGCCUCGCACCGGGCAAGACGGUUGGUCUGUACCAAGUCCCGGCGCCCAUCACCUGCACCUCGUUUCGCACCGAUGAGCGCGGCGAGGCCGUCGAGUUGAUCUGCCGUUACGAGGAGGACCAUCAAGGCAAGCCGCCGAAAACGUAUAUCCAAUGGGUCGCCGAGCACGCCCCCAGCCAAAGCCCUGUGCACAUCAAGCAAGUCAACCUCUUCCGCAAUCUCUUCACAUGCGAGAGCCCCGCUGCGGAGGACAAUUUCCUGGACCACAUUAAUCCAAACAGCCGCGAUGUGCUGCACAAUGCGAUGCUUGAACCGGCAUUUUUCGAAGUUGCACGCCUUUCUGUGGUGAAUGCACACAAAGAGGCUGAGGAGCGCAUGCGCGCUGCUGAAGCACUCACCGAGCAAGCGCUCGGCAAGGAGCGCGCGGUGAAAGAGACCCAAGACAAGGACGCUGUCCAGAAUACCAAGUCCGAGACGGUCGGUAAGGAAGCCAUUCGAUUUCAGGCGAUGCGCGUUGGCUACUUUGCAGUGGAUCGUGAGAGCAGCAUGGAACUAUUUGGCGAUAAGGUCAACGGCCCGGACGUCCUCUUCCUCAACCGCAUCGUCUCCCUCAAGGAGGAUGGGGGCAAAUCGUAG